AUGAUUAUCCCUGUGCGUUGCUUCUCUUGUGGAAAGGUUGUUGGCGACCUGUGGGAGCGGUAUUUGCAGCUGCUUGAUGAUGGUGUCGCUGAUGGUGAUGCUAUGGACCAAUUGGGUUGCCGCCGAUACUGCUGCCGCCGAAUGAUCAUGACCCACGUGGAUCUUAUUGAGAAGCUUCUCCGGUACAACUCCGCUGAGAAGGACCGCACCAAGGCUCAAAUGUAA